UUGUGUUGUUACCUUCCAAAAAUUAGGCCAUGCCUUUGUCCUAAAUUACCGCCACUGACUUAAUUUUUUUUCCUCUCUAGACGUUACCACUUUUUCUCGAGUCACUCUCAUGGCCCCUUCACAUAAUCGGGAGUCUCGUGCCCAAAACCCACGAGCCCUUUUUUAUUAUUAUUAUUAUUUAUUUUCCCUUCUCUUCUUCUCUAUUUCUGUUCUCAGCUCAGAGACGAAGAAACCCACUAAAGAAGAAGGAAGCGGUUUAUAUAUAAACGAAGGCAUUGGAGCCUUUUAAUGCUCUAAGAAGAAGCAGAAAAUGGAUGGAAGUGAUAUCGAGAAUAUGAAUGGAGAGAUGGAGAGACAUGGAUCGGGUUUUGUUGAUGAUAAGGAUGUAAUCCCGCUUCGAGAGCCUUUGCUGCUCAGGAAGAGGACCAUGAACACUACAUCUCAGAUUGCUGUUGUUGGAGCCAAUGUUUGCCCCAUUGAGACCUUGGAUUAUGAGGUUGUGGAGAAUGAACUAUUUAAGCAAGACUGGAGGUCAAGGAAAAGAGUGCAGAUAUUUCAGUACAUAGUCCUUAAAUGGACUCUUGCACUACUUAUAGGCUUAGGUACCGGACUCGUUGGCUUCUUCAACAACCUUGCAGUUGAGAAUAUUGCAGGAUUCAAGUUGUUGCUAACAAGUGAUCUUAUGCUUGAGCAUAGGUACUUAUUAGGUUUCGGGGCUUUUGCUGGUUGCAAUCUUAUUUUAGCAGCGGCAGCUGCUGCAGUUUGUGCUUAUAUUGCACCUGCUGCAGCUGGAUCUGGUAUACCUGAAGUGAAAGCUUAUCUCAAUGGAGUUGAUGCUCACUCUAUUUUAGCACCCAGUACUCUUUUUGUAAAGAUAGUUGGUUCAAUUUGUGGAGUUUCUGCUGGAUUUGUAUUGGGUAAAGAGGGGCCCAUGGUUCAUACAGGAGCAUGCAUUGCCUCCUUACUUGGUCAAGGUGGGUCACGGAAGUACCACUUGACAUGGAAAUGGCUUAGAUUCUUCAAAAAUGAUCGAGACCGAAGAGACUUGAUCACCUGUGGAGCUGCUGCAGGUGUAGCAGCUGCUUUUCGAGCUCCUGUUGGAGGUGUUCUUUUUGCUCUUGAGGAAGCAGCAUCUUGGUGGAGAAGUGCUCUUCUUUGGCGAACAUUUUUCACAACAGCUGUAGUUUCAGUAUUACUAAGAAGCCUAAUAUCUUACUGUCGUGGGGGAAAUUGUGGACUCUUCGGAGAAGGAGGAUUGAUUAUGUUUGACCUUAGCUCGACUGUUGCUACAUAUAGCACCGCUGACCUGCUAGUAAUUAUAGUUCUUGGAAUAAUUGGAGGUAUAUUUGGAGGCCUCUACAACUUUCUCUUGGACAGGAUCCUACGGGUUUACAGCAUCAUUAAUGAGAAGGGCCCUCCAUUUAAGAUCCUUCUCACAGUCAGCAUCUCUCUUCUCACAUCAUGCUGCUCCUAUGGACUUCCUUGGCUUGCCAGGUGCACUCCAUGUCCUGAGAACCUUAAAGAGCAGUGUCCCACAAUUGGUCGAUCUGGCAACUUCAAGAAUUUUCAGUGCCCACCGGGUCACUACAAUGACCUUGCCUCCCUCUUCCUCAACACCAACGACGAUGCAAUCAGAAACCUCUUCAGUGGUGGUACUGGGAAUGAGUUUCACAUCUCCACCCUCUUUGUCUUUUUUAUCGCUAUUUAUUCCCUUGGUCUCAUAACUUAUGGGGUUGCUGUUCCUUCCGGUCUUUUUGUCCCUGUUAUACUUGCCGGUGCUUCAUAUGGGCGAAUGGUAGGGACUCUUUUAGGCUCUGUAGCUAACCUAGAUGCGGGUCUCUUUGCCCUUCUUGGAGCAGCAUCGUUUCUUGGUGGGACGAUGAGAAUGACCGUCUCUGUGUGCGUUAUUCUAUUAGAGCUUACCAAUGAUCUUCCAAUGCUCCCUCUGGUUAUGCUUGUCCUUCUCAUCUCCAAAAGUGUAGCCGAUAGCUUCAACAAGGGGGUCUAUGAUCAAAUUAUUGCAAUGAAGGGUUUGCCGUUUAUGGAGGCUCACGCAGAGCCCUAUAUGAGAAAUUUGGUUGCUGGUGAUGUGGUCUCUGGACCUCUCAUUUCUUUUUCGGGAAUCGAGAGGGUAGGCAAUAUAAUGCAUGCAUUAAAGUUAACAGGCCAUAAUGGAUUCCCGGUGGUUGAUGAGCCUCCUUUUUCAGAUGCACCGGAACUUUGUGGGCUGGUGUUGAGGUCUCAUUUGCUUGUGUUACUUAAAGGGAAGAAUUUUAUGAAGGAGAGGGUGGCCACUGGGGUAUCGGCAGUUUUGCAGAGGUUUGAUGCCUAUGAUUUUGCAAAGGCAGGAUCAGGGAAGGGGGUGAAAUUAGAAGACUUGGAUAUUCGAGAAGAGGAGAUGGAGAUGUUUGUUGAUUUACAUCCGAUUACCAACACAUCGCCAUAUACUGUGGUCGAGACAAUGUCGUUAGCCAAGGCUGCAGUUCUUUUUCGGCAGCUUGGACUCAGACAUCUCUGUGUUGUACCAAAGACUCCAGGGAGGCCUCCAAUUGUUGGUAUUCUUACUCGGCAUGACUUUAUGCCAGAACAUGUGCUUGGUUUGUUCCCUCAUCUCGGCUCCCAUAAGUGAAGGUAGAAUCUGGUUUUCUGGUGUCUGAUUCUAUAUGUGGAUACUGACGAAAGUGCAUUACAGUUUCUACUGUUAUCAGAAACCUGAACACAUACAACUCAUGUUACUUCUAAAUCAUCAGGGAAUUGCUGUUCUCGCUGUGCUUCCGUAGAUUUUUUUUUUCCUUUUCUUUUUUCUCUGAGAGGUGAUCUUGUAAUACCGAAAUCUUGUCAACAUUUUACUGUAAUUAUGCAUGUAAUCAAGUGUAUUUCCCCCCAUCACAUUGGCUUACUCUCUAUGUCAGGUGCCUCUUGACUGUUUGUGUCUGGUUUGUAGCAUAAAAUUACAUGUUUUGAUCUUCA